UCGACCAUGCUACGAAAUGGGCAGAGGAACAUCAUUUUUCUCAUGAACAAUGGUGGAUACACCGUGGAAGUGGAGAGUCAUGAUGGACCUUACAAUGUGAUCAAGAACUGGAACUACACUGGAUUAGUUGAUGCCAUCCACAAUGAGGAGGGCAAGUGCUGGACAGCCAAGGUGCGGUGUGAAGAGGAAUUGGUCGAAGCAAUAAAGACCGCAACUAGAGCCAAGAAGGAUUGUUUGUGCUUCAUUGAGGUGAUUCUUCACAAGGACGAUACAAGCAAAGAGCUGCUUGCAUGGGGGACUAGGGUUGCUACUGCCAAUAGCCACCCACCUAAGUAG